AAUAUGGGAUGCGAAAUGGGAUGGUUGGUUAAAUUCUCCCAAAGCGGCCCCUAACUAACAAUAACAAUGAGUACUGAAACUCUUCCUUCCGCGGCAAAGCGAUCAAAAUCACCACGAUCCCGAGACCGUGAACAAGAUCCGAAAUCGUCGAACUACGAGAAAAUGAUUGCAAAUUCUACUAACAAGCUAAAGAUUCCAAAUAUGGUUUGAAGCAUUCACAUUUUUGCUUAGGUAAUAAAACAACAACAUUUUUGCAGUUCUGAUUUUGUGGUUUUGUGGCUACUUUUUGUGAAGUUUAGGGUUAAUUGCAAUGUUAUCAAUCAUUAUCAAUAUAACUGUUUGUUUCUGGUACUUUCAAAUCGGGAUUGCAAUCAUUGCAUUGAAAUGAAUUUUUAGUAAUGUUUUAGGCAUCAUGUUGAUUGCUAAAUCAUCGAGUGGCUGUAAUGUUUCAGAGGUUAUUAUCGAUUUUUGAGUAUCAGUAGAUUUCUUAUCAUGGGAUUGUUUGAGUAAUUUGAAGGUCCUGACUUUAGGGGAAUGUUUGUGAGUUGUGACUAAAGAACUCAUAUUGUUCAUGUUUUCUGCUAUUGGCCUUUAGGCAAUCUGGCCUGAAUCAUAAACAGGGUAAUAUAAGUAUCAUUGGAUAGUUCCAUUAAGCCAGCUUGGUUGGUAGCUGUGCAGAGACAUACCACUUAUUUACCUUUAAAAGGUGAAAUUUCAACACUAGGCUACUUAACCAAAAAAUAAGUAUCACUGGGUCAAAAUAGCACCGGUGAGAACCAUGCAUUCAAAUCUCAAUUUAAUAAGACAUGGUAUAAAUAUUUAUGGAGUAGAUCCCUUGGCCUCAAUUGAGGGUUUCAAAAUAGAGCUGCUAGGAAUUGACAAAUGACAACUUUUAUUAAGAACUUGGUUGGUAAUGUCUUUCUUACCUUAUUGACUUUCUUAAAAAAGUGAGGUUUCUUAUGCCUAUGGAUCCCAUAUGUAGUAACAUUCAUAUGCUAUUAUGAUAACUAAUAGUAAUAUGUAAUAGAUUAUUAAGUUUUAUAAGCUGAUUUGUUCUAACCGAGGAAACAUGCAUUUUUCUUCUUCUUUUUGUGAUGAUAUUUGUAAAGGAAAAUGAUUUUUGUACACCCAUACACCUACUCAACACCUUGAGAGAGAAAGAAAUAGAGAGUGAUAUGAUAAAUGUUGAUGUUGAAAACUGUGUUACAAUUAUUAGUUAUGUGAUCCCAGUACGGUUUUUGGAUAUUUAUAAAAAAUAAAAGUGAUUAAAUUUGAGGUGGCCAAUGGCCAGGACUGUAUGGAAGCAGAUUGGUAACUAUUUAUGAUCCACAAUUUCUGUUUUGAUAUAAAAUGAUUGUUUUGCAUAUUCUGUUUAUAGCUUAUCCUACUUUGACUAAUACUUACAAUUUCGAGGAUCCGUUUUCCUAUUCACUCAUUUUAACUUUUAUAGUUUAUCAUAUCAUUGACUUUUUAUGUUCAAAUUAAUCAACCAUUUUAUACUAAACUUGAUGAGGUUUCCUGUGAUGUAAAAAAUGAAUGAUUCAAAGGUAUAGUUUUGGAAAGCACUAGACAAUUGGUAUUAUUUUAUCAAUUAUGUGAGGCACUUACCUAAGGAAAAUUUGAAUACAUCAAAGUGAUAAGGGACAACCUUAUUAAAUAUGAUUUGUGAGACUGAAUCAAAAAACCUUUGUCUCUACAAUCUUAGUGUGCAUCUGACAUAAUUAAAUCAAUCAGUCUUUGUUAUUUGAAAUAUAGCAAUCUUCAGAACCCUUAUGGUUCACGAGACUGACUUUAAAAAAGAAGUAUCGAAUCCUAAUAAAGAAGAAAGCGUGUCUGUUUAUCUAUCAUAGUGUAACUGUUGAUCAUACUGUUAUUCUCCGUAAUGGAUUUCAGCUACUGUGCAUAUUUGUUCUCUGUUUUGUUGGUUUUGUAUUUCUAUUUGUUACAUGUUAGUGUUGGUAUAGACACCAUCACAUCGUCUCAAUAUAUCAAUAUUAAGGGCAAUGAAACUCUAAUCUCCAAAGAUGGUAACUUCACGUUGGGAGUUUUUAGCCCUAAAAACUCUACAAAACGAUACGUUGGAAUUUGGUGGAAGUCUCAAUCUACAGUCAUAUGGGUGGCAAACAGAAACCAACCACUAAAUGAUUCUAAUGGGAUUAUCACAAUAUCUGAAGAUGGCAAUCUUGUGGUAUUAAAUGGACAAGAACAAGUUAUUUGGACAUCAAAUGUUUCCAACAUAGCAUCCAAUACAAGAUCUGAGUUUUCAGACUUUGGUAACCUCGUCCUUUUGGAAAGUACAACAGGGAAUGUCUUAUGGCAGAGUAUUCAUCAGCCUUCAGAUACAUUACUGCCUUACAUGAAACUUUCAACCAACAAAAAAACAGGUAAGAGUAUAAAACUCAAAUCAUGGAAAAGCCCUACUGAUCCAUCCGUUGGCAACUUCUCUUGUAGUACUGUUGAACGCCUACAUAUAAUUGAAGCGUUCAUCUUGAAUGGAACUCGACCAUAUUGGCGCAGCGGUCCCUGGAAUGGCAGGGUCUUAACUGGAAUACAAACAAUGUCAGUUGCAUAUUUUUUUGGUUUUCAAGGAGGAGAUGAUGGUGAAGGGAAUAUUAAUGUAUAUUAUACAAUAUCAAAUGAUGAGAGUUUUUUGAUCUAUCGUCUGAGUUCACAAGGAAAAUUAGAAGAAACGGUGUGGGAUGAUGAAAAGAAAGAAAUGCAAGUUACAUGGACAAACCGGGAAUCCGAGUGUGAUGUAUACGGUAUAUGUGGGGCAUUUGCAAGCUGUAAUUCAUUGAGUUCCCCAAUAUGUAGCUGUUUGAGAGGGUUUGAGCCUAGAAACAUACAAGAAUGGAAUAAACAUAACUGGACUGGCGGGUGUGUUAGGAGGACACCUUUGCAGUGCGAAAGGGCCAUCAAUAAAACCACAAGUACAAAGGAAGACGUGUUUUUGAAAUUGCAAAAGGUUAAAGUUCCGGAUUUUGCAGAAGGCUUAGCUGUUCCACAAGAAAUGUGCAUAAGCUUAUGCUUGAGUAAUUGCUCUUGCACUGCGUACUCUUUCGCUGAUGGGAUUGGUUGUAUGUCUUGGACCGGCAAUCUACUUGACAUACAUCAACUCCAAGAUGGAGGACUUGAUCUAUAUGUUCGCGCAGCCUAUGCAGAACUUGAUCAAAGAAAAAACAAGACAAUCAUCAUUAUAAGUACAGUGAUAAUUGGAACUUUCAUAAUUGUCAUUUGUGCAUAUAUCAUGUGGAGAAGGCCAUCAAACCAACCAGCUAAACUGUGGCUCUUAACUAAAUCAGCAAGGAAAAAGAACAACAAAUCUUUCCAACUAUUUAAUAAAGGUGGAUCACCAGAAGGUUAUGCUAGUGACCAUGUAAUUGGAGAAAUGUCCCAAGUUAAACUUCAAGAGCUUGUAAUGUUUGAUUUUGAAAAGCUUGCAUCUGCCACAGACAACUUCCACUUGUCCAACAAGCUUGGACAAGGUGGUUUUGGUCCAGUAUACAAGGGGAAACUGCAAGAUGGUCGGGAAAUUGCAGUUAAAAGACUUUCUAGAGCAUCUGGACAAGGGCUGGAGGAAUUCAUGAAUGAAGUAGUUUUGAUUUGUAAGCUUCAACACCGGAAUCUUGUAAGACUUGUUGGUUGCUGUAUUGAAGGCGAUGAAAAGAUGUUGAUGUAUGAGUACAUGCCAAACAAAAGUUUGGAUGCAUUCAUCUUUGAUCCAUCAAAAAAUAAUCUCCUGAAUUGGAGCACACGGUAUGGCAUAAUAGAAGGAAUAGCUCGAGGAUUGCUAUAUCUUCAUAGAGAUUCUAGACUAAGAAUUAUUCAUAGAGAUUUGAAGGCAAGUAAUGUCUUGUUAGACGAGGAGCUGAAUCCAAAAAUAUCUGACUUUGGUAUGGCUAGAAUCUUUGGAGGGGGAGUAGAUCAGGCCAAUACUAGCAGGAUUGUCGGAACCUAUGGCUAUAUGUUUCCUGAAUAUGCAAUGCAAGGAUUGUUUUCAGAGAAAUCAGAUGUUUUUAGCUUUGGUGUUUUGUUACUAGAGAUUCUUACGGGGAGAAGGAACUCUAGUUUUUGUGACAACGAGCGUUCAUUGAGCCUUAUAGGAUUUGUUUGGAUGCAAUGGAUGGAAAACAAUAUUUUAUCGCUAAUAGAUCGAGAAAUAUAUGAUCCUAGUCAUCACAGUUACAUUUUAAGGUACAUACAUAUAGCACUUUUGUGCGUACAAGAACUUGCUGUAGAUAGGCCUACUAUGGCUGCAGUAAUUUAUAUGCUUAACAGUGAAGCUGCAUUACUUCCUCCAAGUAAACCUGCAUUUAUCCUGAUGGAGAAUAUGUUGAACUCAAAGCGGCCUGAAGAAUGUCAAAGUGUUAGUUCGAUCAAUAAUGCCAGUAUUACAGAAAUCCGUGGCAGAUAGCUCACUAAGGGCUCUAAGAAAUGUUUUUAAUGUCAAUAAAUAUGGUCAACUCUAAAACAACUCUAUAGAUUUAUGCAUAGAUAUCAAUUAUAUCCAUCAUGUCAAAAUUUCAAAAUUUGUUCUUGUUAAGCUCUCGGUCGAAAUCUUUAUUGUUUAUUGAUUUGAAGGCGCAAGUGUAGUCUAGACUAUUCAAGAAUCUAUUUUCUUCUUUAUAAAGUGACAAUUUGUUUCAAUAUGCUUAGUUCAAUUUGUUGAAGUGGUUUUGUGGUCUUGUUUAAUGGUACAACUUCAAUGAAAGUUCCUUUGUCACGCUUAGCUCCUUUAGAACUCGAUGAAUCAAAUUACUCUCACAAAUUCUGAGUUUUCUCUAAACUCGUCUUCUGUGCUAGUGCUUUUCUAGAAACUAAUUAUUGCUUAGUUUUCCUACACCAAGUACCAUAAUAAAUUAAUGACUUCUAAGGGUGUGUUUGUUUCAAGGUUUCAAAUGAAUAG